AUGGCCUUAUUUUUCGGUGGACGGUUAAUAGCUAUGACGAACGAGGCGUCCUAUUACGCUGUUAUGAAGAAGACGCCUUCUGUCGGCACACUGUGGGUUUGGGCAGUACUGGAGCUUUCCUUGGUGCCUGCUAUUUUCGGAGUUCUGACCCCAAUCUGCUGGGCUGUUCUAUAUAAAGGAUACGGGAUUAUCUGA